AUGUCAGAAAUAGAACCAAAGAGAAUAAUAUACUGCGGUGUGUGUUCGUAUCCACCCGAAUUCUGUGAAUUUGGCAUAUCUUUAGCCAAAUGCCAACAAUGGCUCCAAUCCAAUCAUUCGGAAAUCUACGCCAAACUCUACCCCAACUCCCCAUCAGAAACAACAACCUCAGACAACGGUGACCCAGUUUCUACAAUAGCUGCCGCUACAUCAUCUCUCUCUAUUGACCAAAACAACAAAAUUCAACAAGAUUUAGCCAAGAAGCAGCAUCGUGAAGAGAUUAAACAACAAAAAGAACUUGCUAAGAAACUAAGCUCGAAAAUCACCAUUAAGCGAAUUGAAAGAAAUAAGAGAAAGCAUAUCAUAAGUAUUUCUGGAUUAGAAGUUUUCAAUAUUGACUCAAAGAAAUUGGCAAAGACAUUUGCAUCGAAAUUUGCUACAGGGGCCAGUGUGACAAAGAACGCGGAAAAAAUGGAUGAAAUUUUGGUCCAGGGUGAUGUUAGUGAUGAGGCGAAGUUGUAUAUUGAAGGAUUGUUGAAAGACCAAGGCUUGGAAGAUGUUAAGGUUGAGCAAGUUGAUGAUAAGAAGAAGAUUAAGAAGGCUGCUGCUGCUGCUGCCGCAGGAGGAGAUAAAGGUGGUAAGUAA